AUCGAUCGACAAUAUUUUAUAGAUUUCUAACAUCCGUCCUCGAGUCCACUAAUUUGUGUUUUUUUUUUAUAUUUAUUUCAUAGAGAAACAACAUGAAUUGUUGUGUAUUAUUUGUGAUUAUUACGUUAUUCUGUGUGUGUUAUUCGCAAAAUGAAAACGUAUGCGUAGUGUGUGCGUGUAGCGAACAUUCCGUGGACUGUAGCCAGAGGGAACUCAAGAAGAUCUUCCACGAGGCUGACUGGUCGGGUGUAGACGUCACUCAAGAUCUCGACAUCGACUUCAGCGGGAACCCCCUUCAAAUCUUGACCACAGUCCCGGACCUGCCAAUAAACAAACUGAAUCUAUCCAGGUGCGACCUGGGGGAGAUCCGGGAUGGGGCGUUCGCUAAUCUGGAAGAGCUGAGUAGUCUGGAUUUGAGCAGGAACCAGUUGUCCACGGCGGCUAUUAGCAGGAAGAUUUUUAGCAUUCAAUUCACCCCGGACACCCUGAUAUCAGACCUUCAAAAACUCUCGUUUGCCAACCUGCGAUACCUGAGUCUGGCGUAUAAUGACAUACACGCCCUCCCUAAAAACAUAUUCAUGUUCAUGCGAGAUCUGCAGGUCUUGGACCUGAGCGGAAACCCCUUGUCCAUGAUCGAUCAGGUCACCAUGGCCGCAUUGAGCGAUGUAAAAUUAACGGAGCUGAGCCUUGCCAGCUGCGAGCUGGAAACCCUUCCCGAUGGGUUGCUCCGGCGGCAGAGGAACCUGCAGAAGCUGGAUUUAAGCGACAAUAGGUUCACAACAAUACCGACUGUCCUCAGCGAGACUGUCAGCUUGGUGUCCCUGAAUUUGGAUAAGAAUUCGUUGACCAACUUGACUGAGGGGACCGCCCUUUCCUCCCUGACCAAGCUCCAAGAACUAAGAAUCUGCAAGCAAAGUAGACUCCAGUACAUCAACGCCAGGGCCCUGGGUGGGUUGGAGUCUCUGAAGUCUCUCCACAUCACCAACAACCCCAGGCUGAACAGCAUCGACCCUGGGUUUUUGGUUUGGGAAGAUGACCACGACAAUGAGCAAACGCCGUUUCUUGAAGAACUAUACCUGAACAGCAACAACAUAUCUUCCAUCAGCUCAGAGUUCCUGGACCACUGGCACCAGCUCAGACGAGCAGACUUCUCCAACAACCCUUACGUGUGUGAUUGCAGCAACCAAUGGAUGGUGGAUGUCCUGGUGCCGCUGCUGUUCAAGAUGGACGCCGGCGAUAACACUGCUAACAUGAUCUGCAAGAGACCAAACGAACUGCGAGGGCUAUCCUUCGACACUCUCAUGCUGACCAACCGCACCCUGGGCUGCGUGGAAAUGGAGGAGUUCAACGCUAGUCCAGGGCCUGACAUGGCUAUACUGCUGGGGAUUAUGAUAGGUAUUUUCGUGACAUUCCCCAUAGUCCUCAUCCUGGUGUUGUUAUGGAAGAACGGCUACUUCCAAAGAUGGCGGAAAGUCAACGUAAAGCCCACAGAGUAUGACGAAGACGACGCGUUUUAGAAAUAUUCAAUAGUUUAAACAGAGAGUUCCUAAGACAUUUAAAAUUAUAAGACUAAGUAUUUGCCUAUUAAUUAGUUUUUAAUAUAAGUAAACGUAUUACAUUUAUAAUUUUCGUCAUUGUUUGAGAUAAAAUGACAUCCAUGGUAAAGAUAUAAUAGGCUUAUAAACUUGGGAUUCUUCUUUUAGGUGAUGGGUUAGCGACCUGUCACUAUUUGAAUCUCAAUUCUAUCAUUAAGCCAAACUGCUGAACGUGGCCUAUCAGUCUUUCAAGACUGCUGGCUUUGCCAACCCCGCAAAAGAUAUCGACGUGAUAAUAUAAAUGAAAGGGCUGUAAUGUAAGUGCAGGGAGAUAAUAAUUCCUUCUCUUUCACUCUUAUACAUACUAUGCACAUACGCUACACACGUUCACAAAGUAGCCUUGCUACUAUAACGUAGUUUACUAAAUUUUAAAAUAAUAUUCAAGACGUCUGGUAGCAGUAAUGGCCCACGGAAAGUGUCUGGCAAUAGUCAAUUUUAAUUCUAUAUAAUAUACUCAAAAACAUAUUUGACGUCCUGGUGAAGGGUCAGGUCAAAAGUGCCCGAAACCGCCGAGUUUGCAUGAAGAGAGUUAUGAAUGUGGAUGAAGCAAAGGAAGUAUGCAGGGAUCGUGGCAAGUGGAAAGAGGUAGUCUCUGCCUACCCCUCCGGGAAAGAGGCGUGAGUUUAUGUAUGUAUGUACAUAUUUGAAAACGAUCUUUGCUACUUUAACGUAGGUAACUUAAUUUUUAUGUACCUGUACUUCGUGCUACCUGAGAAACGGCCCCGCUUUCAAGGUAGUGGGUACGCGUACCUCUUAAUAACACAUUAUACUAAAAAUCCUCAAAAUUUCAGCUUUGCUAAAAUGACGUAGGUCUGGGGGCUCUGGGAUCUUACUCUAUUAUAUAGAUAAACAUCCAAGACCCAAGAAAAAGGUUCCUAUCUCAUCAAGUUCCUUUCACUUUAUUUGUAGAAAGGAAGUUACUCAUGUGUUUACAUAGAUGGCGCUACUAACAACAUUUUAUAAUUUUUAUUUUGUUAUCUAUGGUAUAUUCUAGCAAAAAAGUUUAUAAGGUUGUGUGUUUUACAACUUUAUAAUAUAAACUUUCGCAUUUUUAAUUAUAUUAGUAGAUGUAUAAACUAACGCGUACGUGGGAGUCCUGGAUGUACUUACAGGCACUUGACAUUUUAUUAAUAUGAUUAAGACAUAUAAGUUGUAAUUGUAAGUUCUUUUAAGUAAAAAAAAACAUUGUUAUUUAUAAUUAAGUGGUUACUCUAAGUAAAAAAACAAAUACAUAUAAAAAA